UAACAAUCUUAAAAUCUUAGUGCAUUAUGACGAAAUAUGUUCAAUAUUAUUCCGAAACUGUAUUAAAAAUAAAUAAAUGCAUUUUUAGUUCAGUGUAUGAGAUUAGUGUUCGGUUCCGCAACUAGAACGUAUCAGCGAUGUGCUUGUAAAUGUAUUUAAACUUGACUUUUCGCUUCAAUUCAAUCAAAUUGCUUAACUUAUUUGAAAAUACGUACUAUUUUGUAAGCUUUCAAUUAAGAUUAAUAAAUAAAUUUUAGCAAGAAUUUUUUCAAGAUUUCGUUGGUAUUUAACUGCCAAUAGCUCUUAUAUCGUGCAUAUUUUUGCUGUACUUUUAUAGACAGUCGAUCGUAGUGGUCGGAAUAUAAGAGAUAAAAAAAAAUAUUGACGAAUCGAUUGAAAAUGUUCACAAUUAAAGAAGAUAUCGGAUUUUAAAAAAAAUUUAAUGCAUAAAAAUAAAAGGAAAUGGAUAUUGCACUGAACGGUUCAAAUUUGUGAUAUUAUUCGGUAUAAUUUUGCGCAGAUUUUUGAAUUUGAAAUAAAAAAAUCCUAAUAAAUUUUAUUUAGAAAAUUUUGUUGCUCUUUGAAUUCUCUUACAAAGAAGCAGACAAUGUUUUUAGAUAAUAGUUUUUUUGCGUUAAUCGUGUUCUGUCUCAUGAAAAAGUUGUUAGCUAUAGAAACAACGGCUCUAUCAAUUGCUUCAAUCAAUCCAAAAACUACCCAAACACUUUGGUCAGUAAUAUUUGAGCCGCAAUUGCUAAAUAUUACUAUGUCUCAAACGAAGACUAUAGAAUUAACGAUAAACAACAUAGAUCCUGCUUGGAACAACAAUUAUGAAUUUCAUAUAUUGCCCACGCGCAAAGAUUUGAUAAAAAUCGAAAAUCGUAAAAUAUUUGGUUCAAACAUUGCACAGAAUCUUACACAGUGGAAGCACAAUUUUACGAUUGACGCCAUAUUUCUUGGCCAUGCAAUGGUGCACGUAGACCUAUAUCGUCCUCAUAUGAAAGUUGAGCGCGCCCGUGAAUUCGUUCGCGUUACAGUCUUACGUAAUGUGGGUGCUUCAGACAUUGUAUUCAAAGCUAUUGUUGGUGCAUUCGUUUCAGUGAUAUAUAUAAGUUAUGGGGCUGCUUUGGAUUUGAUUGAUUUAAAGCAUAUUUUGGUUAAACCAGUGGGCCCCGCCAUUGGUUUCAUUGGCCAGUAUUUAAUUAUGCCUGUACUUAGUUAUUUGAUUGGUUAUUUUCUGUUUCCCGAUAUGAUUGCAUUACGCUUGGGUCUAUUUCUUAUCGGCACAACACCGGGUGGCGGGGUUUCCAAUGUACUUACCGUCCUUUUAGACGGUAAUUUAAACCUUUCAGUUGCAAUGACGGCAAUAAGUAAUUUGGCAGCUUUUGGCAUGAUGCCGAUAUGGAUUUUUACAUUAGGCGUUCUGAUUUUUAAAGAUGGUAAUCUGGAUGUGCCUUAUAAAACAAUUGCCUAUCUAUCAUUUUCGCUGCUGUUACCCCUAACUAUUGGCGCAGUGUUGCAGAAAUGUUCUCCUUUGAUAAGUAAAAGAAUGACUCGAUUUUUGAAGCCUAUUUCAUUAAUUCUGAUGAUUUCAAUCAUAAUUUUCGCUUUUGCUGUCAACACAUUUAUGUUUAAAUUGUUCUCGUGGAAGAUAAUUUUUGCCAGCAGUGCAUUACCAUGGAUUGGCUAUGCAAUAGGUUGGGUAAUGGCGAAACUAUGCAAGCAAUCAUCAAAGGAUUGUUUAACAAUAGCUAUCGAGACAGGCAUACAAAAUACUGGUAUUGCAAUAUUUAUGGUUAACUUUACUCUUGAACAACCACUAGCAGAUAUCACAAAUGCUGUGCCAGUGGCGAACUCGUUGAUGACACCAUUGCCACUACUAUUGAUUUAUAUUUGCCGUAAGAUGUACAGUUGUGGCAAUGAAUACGAAGUUGAAAAAAAACCACAAAUGGAUGAAAUGAAAGAUCAUGAAAUUGAAGCUAUUUUGCAAUAGAGAUUAUUGCAUUAAUUUUUUACGUGAUAGUAGUCCGGAAAACGUUGUUUUAUUAUUCUCCUUAAAAGUAAACAAAAAUAAUAAUUGUCUCAAAAUAUGGAAUAUGUUUGGCAAUACAAAUUUGUAGUAUUAAGUGUAUAGAUGGCAUUGAGGUUCUUACCAUACCUUUCUAAGAUCUUGAUUACUUUUUUAUGAUUGAAAUUGAUACCUUUACGAAUUUCCUCAUUCACAUGUAUCG